ACAGGCUUUAGCUGUGUCUGCCCUCCCCUCACCGUCUGAAGGAGGAUCUUCUGACAGUCUGAGAGAAACUGACUGUUUGUUGCGAGCAGUUUCAGCAAGGUGGUGCCACAGAGGACAGGAUCCUUUGAAAAUGUCAAGUUCUUUGGUUGUGUGCGAAGUGGACGAGAGUCUGAAAGAAAAACUGAAAAAGUUCAGAUUUCGAAAAGAAACCAACAAUGCAGCCAUCCUGAUGAAAAUAGACAUGGCGAAACAACUUGUUAUCCUUGAAGAGGAAUAUGAGGAUAUCACACUGGAUGACCUGAGAAAUGAGCUUCCUGAACGCCAACCCAGAUAUAUUGUCUACAGCUACAAAUAUAUCCAUGCUGAUGGAAGGGUGUCUUAUCCGCUCUGCUUCAUUUUCUCAAGCCCAAUGGGGUGUAAGCCAGAGCAGCAGAUGAUGUACGCAGGCAGCAAGAAUCGUCUGGUCCAAGCUGCGGAGCUCACAAAGGUCUUUGAAACCAGAAAUGCUGAUGACCUGACAGAAGAAUGGCUCAAGAACCAGCUGGCAUUCUUUCGCUGAAACUGCAUUUCCUGCCAUUUUAAAACCCGCUUUUCAUUUGACUUCCUUUUUUGUUCAUUGUGACAAUAAAAGCAUUUACCUUUGGCA